GUUAUCCAACUUCCAAUGCUCUCAAACACACACACACACUAGAUUCUCACUAAACCACCUAAAAACACACUCCAAAUCACAACCACACCGCUACAAUGCCAUACAACCCCACCCACCGGAGAAACCUCUCAGCCCCAAACACACCCGUAAACAACCACCACAACCCACACCCCUCAGGCACCACUAUCCAAGAAAUCUCAACCCAUUUUUCAAGAUUGUAUCAAAACCAUAAAGCUUGUACCUUGUUACAACCAUCUUCAAUAAUGGAUAAAUUGUCCAUUUUACAACCCACCACCACACGCCCUUUUAAUGAAACACCCACUUCAAUGGUCUUGACCAAAUCACAAAGUCAAAGAACUAGUGGACCCACUUCUAUAAUCUUGACUAAAUCACAAAGUCAAAGAACUAGUGGAGGAGCUAGAAACAGAGGAUACCAUUACACAGCUGGUUAUCUUAACAAUGAGCCUAAAGAACAAGAAGAAAGUAUCAAGGAAACCAUUGUAAUUAAUAACAGUAAAAAACCAGCCAUGAAUGUUAAUGGGUGUGGUAAGUUUAUUCCAGAAAACCAAGAAAUGAGGAAAUUACAGCAUGGGCUUGAGGUAAAAAUGCAAACUUUGGUAUCAAGUGGGAUAAAUAAGGGGAUAAGAAGGUCAUGUGGGUAUGUAGAAAUGGCUGAUUUCUUGGCUUAUAAUGGUGUGAAAGUAGUGUCUACUGAUAUGCCUUCAUUCAUGCAAAUUCAUGCUGUGGAUGUGACUAGAAAGACUUAUGAUAGUCUUGAAAAGUUUACUGCUAAAACCCUUGCUUUGACUCUCAAAAAGGAAUUUGAUGGAACUUAUGGACCAUCAUGGCAUUGCAUUGUGGGGUUGAGUUUCGGGUCAUUUGUGACACAUUCUGUGGGUGGAUUCUUGUAUUUCUCUAUGGACCAGAAGCUAUUUGUUCUCUUGUUCAAGACUAGCGUCCGCAAGGCACAUUGACCACAAGACCCGCCCAGUACGUAAUGAUAAUAAUAUAAGCCUAACCCGUUAGAAUGUUGGCUCACACCCUUUUCACCUAAUCCAUAUUUUAGCGGCCACCUCACAAUUAGAUCAAAGUAGGAAAAGAGCCCCUUCCCUGUACAAUCAUUCUCCUUGCAAACAUUCGACUCAACUCAAAGACAAAGAUAUGCUGCUAGGCUGCUAGCUUUGUUUACAAAGAGUUGUAUUGUACCUUGUAGAUCAAGAUCCAAAACUUUUAGUUUGUUACUUUGUUAUUGAAGAGUAGUGGGCCUCAAGAUUUCUGUAUGAUGGUCUCAUAUCCAAGGCCCAUUCAAAUGCAGAAUCUGUUCAUAAAAUAGUUUAAAAAGUUGUACUUCAUGAGUUGAAUUUUAAAAUUUUAGGGUUGGGAAAUGAUUUUUUAUGCCAUAACAGUACAACUUGUUAACUUAGGUAAAAGAAUCAGAGUGUAUCUUUUUUGUUUAUAUAGUAAUUGUACAAUACCCGUG